CAUCCAGAAGACAGCGGCGAUGCGACGCCCCAGGCUCCCCGUGGGGUAUAAAAAGCGCCGGGGCUGCGGCCAAGUCGCAGACGCUCUCCGGGAGCGCGCGGGAGACGGGGACAGCGGCGGAGGCGGCCGUGCUCCCAGCCCACGCCACAGUUUCGUGCCCGCGUCCCCUGCCAGCCAAGAUGUGGGGCUCGCUCUGGAGCAGCCUGCCCGUGGUGCUGGGGCUGCUGCUCGGCCACCCCGCCGCCGCCAGCGGCCCGUGCUGGGAGAGUGGCAAAUGCCAGGACCUGGCCACCGAGAGCGGCGUUUUGGCGUGCGCCAAGGCGUGCCGAGCGGAGCUGUCGGCCGAGGCGCCCAUGUACCCGGGCAACGGGCACCUGCAGCCCCUCUCCGAGAGCGUCCGCAAGUACGUGAUGAGCCAUUUCCGCUGGAACAAGUUCGGCCGCCGCAACAGCAGCAGCGGGCACAAGCGGGACGAGGCGGCCGGCGUCCCCCUGCCACCCCGCCGGCCCGCCGAGGGGGAGGAGGAGGAGGAGGAGGAAGGAGCGGGGCUGGAGCGGGAGGAAGGCAAGCGCUCCUACUCCAUGGAGCAUUUCCGCUGGGGGAAGCCGGUGGGCCGCAAGAGGAGACCCAUCAAGGUGUACCCCAACGGCGUGGACGAGGAGUCGGCCGAGAGCUACCCGCUGGAGUUCCGCCGCCAGCUGGGGCCCGACGCCCCCCUGGGCUCCCCCGGCUUCUCCAAGGAGGACGAGGAGGAGGAGGAAGGCGAGGAGGAGAAGGACAGCGGCUCCUACCGCAUGCGCCACUUCCGCUGGCACGCGCCGCUGAAGGACAAGCGCUACGGCGGCUUCAUGACCUCGGAGCACAGCCAGACCCCGCUGGUGACUCUGUUCAAAAACGCCAUCAUCAAAAACGCCUACAAGAAGGGCCAGUGAGCGGGGCAGAGCCCGAGGGGCAUCCCGCCCCCCGCCGCCGCCCCGCGUAGCUUUAGUGUCCCGCCGGCAUGUGUGUCACUUAGAACAGCGAUCGCUCGUCGUCUUGUCGAUUAUCGCCCCUCCGCCCGCUGCUCCCGGGCGAGGGAUUUGUCCUCCCACCCCGACCGAGGACUUCGUCCUCCCACCCCGACACCGAGCGGGCCCGGGACGAAGGCACCGACGCAGCCGCCGGGCGCCCCCGGGGAGCGGCGGGUGCUCGCGCUGGGUUAUUUUCAUACUUUCACCGAGCUGUACAAUACUGUAAAUGAUGGAUUAAAAGGAUUCUAAAAUAAAUAAUAAUUUUUUUUGCAAGCUA